AUGAUCAAAAGCCAAACUUCAACCACUUCGGAAGAAAUUCCUCUCGCCUACGUCUCCUCAUCGGAUCGAAAAUAUGACGUUACAAUAUUUGGAGCAACAGGUUUCACGGGUACCUUGAUUGUACGAUACUUGAUCCAGAGAUUGGAGAGAAUGGACGCUGUCGUGAACUCGAGAAGAUUCUGUAUUGCCGGAAGAAACGAGAGUAAAUUAAACAAUUUAGUAACUGCUCACAAUAUUAAAAUGUCUGAGAAGGAUUUGAAUCAUUUGAUCAUUGAUGUGAUGGUUAUUGAAAAGAUUGAGAGAGGUUCUCCGAAAUUGUUAGAUUUGACCCGGAAUACCAAAGUCUUGCUUAAUGUUGCUGGACCGUUUAUUGCUUGUGGAGGUCUCGAGAUUGUUGAGAGUUGUAUCGAAACGAGAACUGAUUAUUUAGACAUUACAGGAGAGCCUGAAUUUGUAUUGGAAUCUGCUGCAAAAUUUCAUGAAAAAGCCAAGGAAAACAAUGUUAAAAUUAUCCAUUGUUGUGGCUUUGAUUCAAUACCUAGUGAUUUGGGCACAAACAUAACGUUGAACAUGAUCAAGAAGAAAUUGGAAGAUGAAGGAGUGUUGAGCCACACUCAUAACACAACUCCACAACAAUCGAAUAGCUCACUUCCAGAAACAAUUGUGGCCACUAAUGGAUACCUUUCAUUCAACUUGCCAGGCUUUGUUUCGUAUGGAACAUUUAACACAUUGGUCACGAGUUUGGAGAAUUAUAGCAUUUUCAGUGGUAAGAAAACAAAUGAACAACAAGUUCAAAAGAUUGCCAAAAAGAAGACCUACAGUAAGAGAGGUACAAAAUAUCACAAAGAUCUUCAACAUUAUAUUGUUCCUUUCUCGACAAGUGAUCCAUUAGUUGUGAGACGAUCCAACUUUCUAAUUGGCUAUGACUCAAAAUUUAGUUCUCAUCCAAGUUCUUCCUCCAAUUCAUCCAAAUCACCAUCUGAAAGAGUAUUCGAGUAUAACAAUUACUUGCAAAUUUCGAACCUUUAUUAUUUAUUUUUAAUGUAUUUAUUCUUUUUUGUCAUGCUCAUCAUGACAAGAUUUUCAUUGGGAGCAAGAUUUCUGAGAUUCCUUUAUUCCUUAAAGAAGAACCCAACACAACAGGAAAGAGAUGAGAGCAGUUUCGACUUUGUAUUUGAAACAUUUGGACGUGUCCAAGAUUCAACCACUUCUGAACCUGCGCUCUUCAAAUGCAAAACUCGUGUUUUCAACAACAAUGAUCCAGGCUAUACUGAAACAGCUGUCUAUGCUCUCGAUAGUGCACUCUUCCUCUUGACGAAUCCACAUGCACAAACUGCAAGUGCUGGAGUAGUGACUCCAAGUGCUGUAUUUGGAGUGGAAAGUUGUGGCGAUGAUUAUUUGAAAUGUUUGGGACAACACACCACUCUUAAAUUUGAUUUUGUCGAAUUCAAAUGUGUCAAGGCAUCCCAAAGGAAGGAAUAUGAAGAAUUGAAGAAGGAAAUUUCUCAAUUUUUAAAGCUUGAUUAA